GAGCGCGCCGGGCAGCCGAGUGUGCAAAAAGCGCCGGUGCCAAUUUUGGACUGGGCUUUUUUGGGGGGGGAGGGGGGUUUCUUGUCUCCUUUGCCAAUUCUGGCCACUUCUUGGUCCUCUUUGCGGGGGGUUUGUUCCGUUCCGACGUUGCAGGAGAUUCUCUCUCCCCCCCCAAAAAACCCACUCCCCGCCUUGAGCGCUUCUUUCUGGGCAGGGAAGCUCGCUUCGGGAUGCUGCUGCCGCUGCCGCUGCCGUCGUCCCUGUGCCUCCUGGCCGCCGCCGCCGCCGCGCUGGUGAGAUCGGAGACUUCGGAGGAUGGACGCGCUGCUCACCAGGAAACUGUUCAAACAGAAACAACAAAGCAGAGCCUAAAACCAUAUGCCUUAACCAUCCCAGUCCGCAGCAGCGCAGAUGGAAGCUACGUUUCCAACUUCGUUUCUGAAAGGCACUCAAGAAGAUUAGCAAGGGAUGUUUCACCAAGUCAACCCAAGGAACUCUACUUCAAUGUCUCCGCUUUUGGGAGAGAAUUUCACCUCCGACUGAGGCCUAACACCCGUCUAAUAGCUUCCGGUGCAGUGGUGGAGUGGUAUGAAGAUUCUCCAUCGAUCUACAAUGAAACGGAAGAGGUUCACCAGGAUCAAGGCGAGGGGGUCACGGAGAGACUAUGGAAAAAGGAAUCCCUGUGGACCAACUGUGCUUACGUCGGAGAUCUGGUGGAUGUCGCAGGAGCUUCCGUCGCCCUGAGCAACUGUGAUGGCCUGGCUGGCAUGAUCAAAGUUGGUGAAGAGGAAUUUUUCAUUGAGCCCCUGGAGAAAGGCCAACAAAUGGAGGAAGAGAGAGGACGGCUUCACAUGGUUUAUAGGAGGUCAGCAAUUGCACAGAAUUCAUCCGAUAUUCUCCCUGAUUUCCAAAGUAAAGAAUCUGAUCUACUCAGUCUGGAGCCGACUUAUGCAAGAAUACAGCAGGAUCUGAACGAAACGCUGAGGCGGCGCAGACACGCCGGAGAAAAUGACUACAACAUUGAGGUUCUCCUUGGAAUAGAUGAUUCUGUGGUCCGAUUCCAUGGCAAAGAACAUGUGCAGAACUAUCUUCUCACACUGAUGAAUAUUGUGAGUGCAAAUUUUUCUUGUCUUGAUUUGGGAGAAAUAAAGAUCUCGUCACUUCAGUCCAAGG